GGUACCGGUGCUUGGAGGCUUCGCGAUGCCGACCGUGGUUGCAGCCGCCGCCGCCGCCGCCGCCGCCGCCACCGGUGGUGCCUCCUCAGCGGCGAGCGCCAAGGGCGCCGUCUCCAAGAAGGGGUCGAAGAAGACGGCCAUGAAGAUGGGCCGCAAGGGCGACAAGAAGCACAGGAAGGCCAGGAAGGAGAGCUACAGCGCCUACAUCUACAAGGUGCUGAAGCAGGUGCACCCGGACACGGGCAUCUCCUCCAAGGCCAUGAGCGUCAGCAACUCCUUCGUCAACGACAUCUUCGAACGCAUCGCCUCCGAGGCCUCCCGCCUGGUGCACUACACCCGCCGCCAGACCAUCUCGUCCCGGGAGAUCCAGAGCGCCGUCCGCCUGCUGCUGCCCGGGGAACUGGCCAAACACGCCGUGUCGGAGGGGACGAAAGCGGUCACCAAAUACACCAACUCCUCCAAGUAGAUACUUUCUCCCCCCCUCUCUCUCUCUCCACCAAAAGCUGCGACGAGACCGUCAAACGGCUCUUUUCAGAGCCACUUAAACUUUUUAGACUGGGCU